AUGAGCCGGGUGCUUAUGGACCAUAUCGCCAGUAGUUUCCGAGAAGAUGCCCCUCGACCCCCGGUGCCUGGGGAGGAGGGCGAGGCGCCCUGCUACCCCGGCAAACUCGCGAUGAUGAAACCCCUGGAACCCCCUAAAUCAGUUGUGCUCGGCUCUCCGGGGUCCUCGGCAAGGAGGAACGAGGAUGGACUUGGGGAGCCCGAGGGGAGUGCCUCCCCGGAUUCACCGCUCUCCCGGUGGACCAAGUCUUUACACUCUCUCCUCGGGGACCAGGACGGUGCGCUUCUUUUUAGGACAUUCCUGGAGCGAGAGAAAUGUGUCGAUACUUUAGACUUUUGGUUCGCCUGUAAUGGCUUCAGGCAAAUGGACCUCAAGGAUACCAAAACGCAUAGAGUCGCCAAAGCAAUUUACAAGCGCUACAUCGAAAACAGCAUUGUCGCCAAACAGCUCAAGCCCGCGACUAAAACCUUCAUACGGGAUAAUAUCAAGAAGCAACACAUAGACUCAGCGAUGUUUGACCAGGCACAGACCGAGAUCCAAACCAACAUGGAGGAGAACGCCUACCAGAUGUUUCUGACCUCUGACAUUUACCUCGAGUACGUGAGGACUGGGGGAGAAAACCCCAGUCACGUCAACUCAAACGGGCUGGGCGACCUGAAAGUAGUAUGUGGAUACCUGCCCACGCUCAAUGAAGAAGAGGAGUGGAGUUGUGAUUUCAAAGCCAAAGCCCUGGUUGGACUGUCUGCAAAGGGGCAGAGGGCCUCCGUGUCCAUGAGGGCGGUGGAGGUGAUAGAGAGAGGAUACAGAUCAUACAAGAGAGGAGACUCACUCAACCCCUGCCAUGUGGGCUCUUUUGCCCCCACCAGCAGCACCAAUGACAGCGAGGUAUCCAGUGACGCGUUGACCGACGACGCCAUGUCUGUGACUGACAGCAGUGUAGAUGGCAUCCCUCCAUAUAAACCGGGCUCCAAGAAACAGCUACAUAGAGAGAUGCAGCGGAACAUGAGAAUGAACAGCCAAGUCUCUCUGCCUGCUUUCCCUCGCACCUGCCGUCCUCCCAAGGAGAUGGUCCCAAUGGAGCCCGCAGCUUUUGCAGCCCAGCUCAUCUCCCGCCUGGAGAACCUGAAGAGAGAGCAAGACACCAUGAGCUCUCUGGAGGAGAGGCUGCAGCAGAUUCAGGAGGAAGAGGAGAGAGAAGAUACAGAGAUCGUGGGAAGUGCUCCCCAGCUUUCCCCCCACCCUUUGACCCUUCUCCCUGGCUCCUCCGACGAGGACCCCCAGGCUAUCCUGGACGAACACCUCUCUCGUGUCCUGAAGACCCCCGGCUGCCAGUCCCCUGCUGUCAUCCGGCACUCACCUCGCUCCAGCUCUCCAGAGCACAGGCCCUUCACCCGGGCAGGCUUUGGAAUCAAGGCCCUUGUGAGGACAGGACCCUCCAGUUCUUCUGUUUCUAGUCCUGACCAAGGAGCUUUCACUGUGUCCUUGGGCCCCAACAGGACCCUCGUAAGCAGGCAGAGCACAAAACACAUCCACCACCACUACAUCCACCAUCAUGCCAGUCCCAAGUCUAAGGAGCAGAUUGAAAGGGAGGCAGCUCUCAGGGUGCAUGGCCUGUGCUCCAGCAGUGGCGAGUACCAGCCCUGCCAGCCUUACCCGCGCAGCCGCAGCCUGGGAAGGGAGAUGUGUGGGGCCACCUCAGCAGACAACAGUGUGGGACGUUCCAGCUCUUUGUCCAGGCGUGUGUGUCGUUCAGGGGCAGAGGAUGGAGUAGCAGAGAGGUGUAUGGAAGACUGUGGGUCCUUGCAGUUGCCCAGCGACACGACUGACCCCACCCAGAAUGUCUUGCAGUGGAUCCUGGAAAGUAAACAGCAAGGCAGGCACAAGUCUCACAGUACCCAAAGCACCAAGAAAUCCUUUGGAGGCUCCUCUACCCAGACGCACACGUGGGGUGGUGGUGGAAGCUGUGGCCACCUACGUAGCCACCAGCCAGCACAGCCAUUCAUCCAAGACCCUGCCAUGCCUCCACUGCCCCCUCCCAACACUUUGGCCCAGCUGGAGGAGGCCUGCCGCAGACUGGAGGAGGUCUCCACUAAGACCACCAAGCAAAGGCAUUCAAUGUCCAGUCUCCAGCGAGAGAAGAGCCACCUUGUGCCUGUUAAGGGUGGGGGGUCCGUCCCUCUCUCUCUAGCCAAUCCCAUCCCUGCUGGCCUCCUCACAUCCAGCCCCAGUCUCCAAUCAGAAGAGAUGAAGGAGUGUAAGAAGGGUUUAGGAAGCCACGGGGUGUGCAGCGGAGAGACGGUGGUGACGUAUUUCUUUUGCGGCGAGGAAAUCCCCUACCGGAGGACCAUGAAGAGCCACAGUCUCACCUUGGGCCACUUCAAGGAGCAGCUCCGCAAGAAGGGCAACUACAGGUACUAUUUCAAGAAGGCCAGUGACGAGUUUGAGUGUGGCGCAGUCUUUGAGGAGGUGUCAGAUGACAGCUCCUUGCUACCCACCUACGAGGGCAAAAUCCUGGGCAAGGUAGAAAGGAUGGAGUGAGACCUGCCCGUGUUGUGGAACACACUCCUACGGACGCUUCACACCUCCAUGGAUGUACUCCUUCAUACACUCACACACACAAAGCUCGACUGAUGUGUCUUUUAAGCUAAGACUGUAGGACUGGAGAUGUUGAAGGAAUGUUGUUGAGGUUUGGGCAGAUGGACUGAAUGAAAAAAAAACGGAGAAGAAAGAUGGAGGAGAACAAGUUAUCAAUAAUACUGGACUAUCAUGUGAACAGCCCGCCUUGAAGUGAAGAAAAGAAUGGACUGUAUCUUAAUGGACUGAAACAUCUCCAUGUUACCAGAGGAGAAAACCCUAGGUGAAUUACCACUCUUCAAAGAAGCGGGGCAGUGGGUUCAAAUCUGAGACUGACCCUGCCUGUGCCAGCAUCUGCCCACGGGCAGUCGCUAGCACUCCGCUAAUAUGUAUAUGCAGAUAUACAUGUACAUUGCAUUGUAUUGUGAUGCUCAUAUUAUAGUGUAAAGAUUUCUAUUGCUAUUUAUUGGAAUUAUCCCUGCCCCAACCACAUUAUUCUUCCAUGGACAAGCUGCUUGGAGAUGAGAAAAACGUCUCCAAUUUCUCACAUCUGUGAUUUUUUGCUUCUGAGCAUCAGUUCUCAAGCAAAGGAAAUGGGUUUUAUUCAUUUUCGGCCCCUCAUAUUGAACUGUAAACUUCAGAAAUACCUCUUCAAAAACUCAAAACUCCACUCCUGUUCCUGGAGAUUUAGCAGGACAUCUCUGAUCUCUUGGCUGGAGAGCUUACUGCUGAAGCUUUGAGAAUGGCUCUGUAUCACUUAAAGUUCAAUAAUAUAUUUACUACUGCAGUGCUAUUUGUGGCUGUGUCCCCAUCUGCUCUGAAGGGCCCUGAGUGUAUAUGAAAAAAAGAACAAAAAUGCUAUUAAUGUUGAAUUCCCUACUCUGGGACUGUGCCCAGCUAGCCUUGAUCUGUCGCGUCUUAGUGCCUUUUGUUUCAGUGGCGCAGGCAUCGCACAAAUAGCCUACGUAUUUACGAAGAGGAAACUGCCCUAAAUGGGUCCUCAAGUCCCCAAAAUGUGUUUACACCAAUAUUAAUAUUUACCAACAAAAGCUCUAUAAUGUGCUCCCUAACUUGCUUACCUAUGUGUAUGUGUGAGUUGCUUUUGAGUAGGGUUACUCUGUGUUAUUGCAAGCCUGCACUAUGAGCUGCAGAUGAUAACGAUGGUGGUGAUAUACACUAUGUCCAUAGUGUUUUAAUUGAGUACAGUAGCUGUGCCUACAUGGAUUCUUGCCGUGUUUUACCCCGUUUUAAGGGUCUUAUUACUCCCUUGGUUUUUACAAGGGGCCUUAUGUUGAAAAGAUAUUUUUAUGCCUUUUAGUAUCCGUUUCAUCAUGUUUAUGUUUUAUAAUAUUUUUCAUGGCUUCAUUGGCUCCACUUGUAAACUGUAAAUUAUGCGUUCUAUAGAGCUCAGUUGAAAAGAUGCCUCGGUACUUUAAUUAUUGUAAUUAUGAAGAGAUGUAGCCUUUAUUAAAAUGUUCUAUUUUUCAAAUUAGCAAA